GGCGGUUUGCUGCAUUCUGGGCUUUUGUCUCCGAGAGCCGUGUUCCCCGAGCUCCCUCGCUGCCGUCGGUGGGGGGACUUCCUCCCGACUCCUGCGCUACGUGCUGCGGCAGCGAGCGUCCGUCCUCGGCUCUUCCUCUCGAGGACUGGGCCUUCACUUCGCGACUGUUAACUGGUGCCUGCGCAUAGCACAGGGCUGUACGUCGCGCCCUGCAGCAGCAGCGUCUUCCAAAGAAGCGUUUUUAAGGCGUGCUCUGGAGUUAGUUCACGAAACAAGACGCACAGCUGUAGCGUUUGCAGUGACCCAGGGGCCCUCCGGAAGCAGAAGGCAGCCCUGCUGCUCCGUGGAGGAGUGGGAUCCUCUCGGCCAUGAAGCAUGUGCUGAACCUCUACGUCCUGGGCGUGGUGCUGGCCCUGCUCUCCAUCUUCGUGAGAGUGAUGGAGUCCCUGGAAAGCUUAGUGGAGAGCCCGUCGGCCGGGAACUCCUGGAGCACCAGAGGCCAGCUAGCCGGCGCAGAACCUCCCAAGGGCCUUCCGGACCCCCCGUCCCGAGGGAUGCGGUAACACCCUGCUCCGCGCCGGCUGUACCUGGGAACACUGACCUAAUACAACGGCCAGCGGGCUGUCCCUUUGCUAGCCGGCAAGCUCUGAGUGCAGCCAACCGGGUGCUCCAGGCCCUGGAAAAGACCUGUUGAAUGUGCAGGGGUGAGCAGGUCGCCUGUGGCUAUGGGACAGAGUGGUCUCCUUUUCUCCCAUCGUCUGCUCUGUGCUUUGGAGUCCUCGGCAGUGGGCUGUGGACACCUGUGCUGCAUCUCUAGCUGUUGGCGGAUGGUCACCUUUCUGGCCACACUUCCAGAGCGUCUGCCGGAGGUUCCUUUCGACUUGUGGGUCUUUGGGGUCAGUUUAUUUGGUGUUCAGCCUCUUCCACGAGAGCUCCUCUGGGUGUAGAGAACAGUCAGCGGGGAGGGGGAGCGUGGCGCUCUCAUUGUUCCUUGUCCAGUUCCCCCUCCAGCGUCUCGUGCGUGUGUGUGCACCCGCACACGUGGUGGGUGACAGAGCCUGCUCGGGACCUGAGCAUUAAUGGCCACCGUGUGGCUCAAAUGAAUUUUUCUAACGUAAUAAAGGUGAAUGUGCAUUUCCA